AUGGAGACGGCGACCCAGCCAGAGCGCAAGCACUUCGUCGAAAACGCGUCGAAGAUUGGGCGUUCUUGGCUCCGCCAGAUCCCCUACUUCGAACCUCCCCGCCUUUCGAACCACGAGAUCGCCGCCGGUCUCCACUACCGACUCCUCACCCCCGCCUCUUCCCCCGUAUGCUCCGCCUGCGCCAACGAGUCCGACCUCGGUCACGACGAAGUCUGCCGCUUGCGCGAGACGUGGUCUAUCCGCCGACACAACUCUAUCAACAGAGUCAUCCAAACCUACCUCUCCCGUGUCGCCUGUGCCACUGCCUCUCUCGAACCAUCAACACUCGAAAGGCGAAGAUGGAAUGAUCUGAGGGUGCGAGGAGGUGGUGGAGCUCUGAGGAACGCCGACUACGAUCUGAAGGUGUACGGGUUGGAGGAUAAGAGUGUGUAUGUGGUGGGCAGAGGGAAGCCGGCAGGGAUGGAGUGGAUAGAUUGGGUGCAAGGGAGGAUAGUGGCGUGGCUGUCGAAGAGGGACGCGGAGGUUGUCGAGAAGGCACCGAGGAUUUACGGGGGGGCGUUCCGCCCCUUGUUCUUUCCGCGGGUGGUCUGA